AUGGUACGCAAUCCGAAUCAGGGCAUCCGUGAAUUCAUCGUGGAUUUGCUCACUCAAGCUGCAAAGUGUGAUUUUGGAAAUUUACUGGGCAUGCAAUUGAAAGAUCGGCUGAUCGCUGGUAUCAACAAUACCGUUUUGCAAAAUGAA